AUGACUGCUUCGGAGAAAGCUCUUGUUCGACACGCCAGACGUGAAGAUAUACCCGCUAUCCUUGGUCUUAUCAAGGAGCUCGCAGACUACGAGAAGGAGCUCAGCUCGGUCGAGGCUACCGUGGAAAAGCUUGCCUCUACCAUCGCAUUCGCGCCCUCGGAGCUCUCCCAAGGCGAGCCAACCGCAGACGCCCGGGGGCUGCCCAUCACAGAGCCAACCAGCCCCCUGAGGCCCGCCAGGUGCCUCCUACUCUUUGCCCCCGGCGAUAACAAGACCGCUGUAGGUAUGGCCUUGUAUUUUUACAACUACUCGACCUGGCGCGCCAAGGCUGGGAUUUACCUCGAAGACCUCUAUGUCACCCCGCGCGAGAGGAACAAGGGCUACGGGAAGCUGCUCCUAGUAACCCUGGCCAAAGAGGUUGUGGCAAUGGACGGGGGUAGGCUGGACUGGAGCGUGUUGAAAUGGAAUGAGCCCAGCAUUCGGUUCUACGAAGACGUCAUCGGCGCAACACGCCAGGAGGAGUGGGUGGGCAUGAGGGUCGACAGGGAGGCGCUCGUAAGACUGAGCAAGAUGCUGGACUGA